AUGGGAUAGAGAACUGGUGUGAACGAAUCUCUCUUGACUGAAAAUUAAAACUGACCUAUCACCGCAAUUAUCACUCUGUUUCAGUGUGAUUUUCAGAAUAAGGAUGAUUUCGAUUCGAAGUUUGCUUCGGCCGUGCAGGGUAGCUAGUCGAUUCGCAUUUAGAAGAAUUCCCAACAGAAACAAUAGCAGCUUCGUUGCAGGACCAGCUGACACGUUUUCCCAUCGAGAAAAUGUAAAAAAUAACAGACUGUUUGUAAACAACAAAAUCGACCAAAGAUUUUCAACGCUGUCGACAGUUUUAAAUCCCACGAAUGAAGCUCCAGAGCCUGUUUCCCAAUUUGAAUUGUUCCGAGCGAGAGCCCUGAAGAAAGGGCGCGUCAAUGAAAAAGAAACUGAAUCGCUGUUGGAAUUUUUAAGCGACGGUGCCAUAGAGGAAGGGCAGUGCGCCUUCAUGCUCAACUGCUGCGCCGAGUAUUUGCCGCAUUUACCAGGAAUUAGGAAAGUUGAGCUGGCUGAGAAAAUUUGGAACACAUUCCCUGACCAAGGGAGAAGUAAACUGGAUGUCCUGGCGUUUUUAAAUGUGCACAUCGCCGCCACGCAGGAGGUAAAACCUGAGGUGGUUCUCAAGUUGCCUUUGUUGGAGGACAAGGAGGUCCUCCAGUUGUUGCUCGAGAGCCAUGCUGAGUGUGGAAAUGUGGCCAAAUGCAAUGAAAUUGUGGAGAAAAUGAAGUCCCUCGGAUUUUCAGCUGCUGACCACGAGUUUGCCUGUCUCAUCCUGGCUCAUGGAAAUUCAAAUAAUUAUAAAGGGGUGCAGUCCGUUUUGGAAAGAAUGGACCUGACUGGCGUCAAUCGAGGCCGUCUAUCUCUAUUUUCCCUGCUGAGGGCACAAAUUCUGAAUGAAAUUCCGGUGAUCGAAACCCUGAAAAUGAUGCACGACCAGGGUGUUAAACUGGACGAUGAGCAAGUGGCCAAAGUCGUAGUUUGCCUCUCGAAAACGAACAAAACGAAGCUGGUCGGCACGAUUUUGCGGCAGUUUCCAGUCAAUGGCUUGGGCCACGUCGUAAGGAACAUGGUCAUCCAUCUGAUUUACGAAGGAAAGCACGUCUUCGCCUCGGAAAUCUUCCACUUGCUCUUGGCGGACUCGAAUUCUGAGAUUUUGACCAGUAUGCUUGCCUUCUUCCCUUCAGAAUUAGUCAAAUCUGGCAAGUCUGCAUCGGACAUUUUGGACAUCUGCCUGGCGCUGCAGUCCAACUUUCCGAACCACAACCCAUUCCUGUCAUACGCCGUGGAGGAGAGCCUCCGGGACAAGAGCAAGAUGGACCUCUCGAGCGCCCUGCUGGCGCACAUGACGCCCUUGCGCAGCCACUACUUCUGGCCACUCAUCGUGCACAGCAGCUCGACCGAAGAGGCGGUCGACGUGCUGCAACAGAUGCUCAAAUUGGGCCUCCAGCCAAAUUACGACACGCUCACCUUCUACCUCUACCCCAGCAUGCUCAGGUGGGACGCGCCCAUCAAGGUCAUCAAACUGCUGCAGGAGAAGUGCCACCUUUCCAUCUCCACGCAGCUCGGACCCAUGCUGUGCGCUCUUUUGGUCAACAAACAGAUUGAGGAAGCACUCCAUCUGUGCAAGCUGAUUAGGGAUCGGACAAUUGACCUGAAGAAACUUUACCGGCCGAUGGCCAUAGCUCUGUUGGAGAAGAAAAGCUACGCUCAGUCAGCUGAUUUAGUCGCUUUGCUGGCCGCCUCUAAACAUAAAUUCAGCGAAGUAGAUUUUGUCGGACUCUUCCUCAGCGAAUUCGCCAACAGAUGCCAGCCGACUGAACUCCGCGAGUGCAUCUCUCAUUUGGCAAAACAUAGGCUUCGGAUCUCAAUGGCAUCGUACGAGUUGCUGUCCACGCGGCUGAGCGUGAAGCAGGCGGGCAUCCAGUACCUGGACCUGCUGACCGACACCAGUUUCAGUGGCGUCGAAUCCUUCCAGCCGAUCCCCCACCCAAAAAACAUGGACAUCGAGGAGAUGGAAGCGCAUUUGAUAGAGCUGAAAAGCAAAUCAAUGAACACGAGGGGCAUCCUCAGAAAACUCCUGAUGGCGCACUGCAAGGCAAAAAACGUGGAGAGGGCGCUGCAUAUUAAAACGGAGUUGGAUGCUGAUCAGUGCGAACUGAGUCCAGGAAUUUUGUCCUCGUUAUUCGCGCUGUACGUGCAUCUGGAGGACGUGCGCAGUGCGGCGGACACUCUUCUCCAAAUCCAGGAAUACCCUCGAUUUGUAAUGGAUGAGCACAAAAUGCUCGACUUCUGCACGCUCAAAGUCAAAACCGGUGCCGCCUUUGAGGACGUCGUGCAGGUGUUGGAAGAGUACGUGGCUCUCAUGAGGAGCAACAGACGCACACCGAGGAGCAUGGACGCCCGCAACGCCUUGGCGCUGAUCAAAGAAGUGAAAGAGAGCUUCGGAAAUACGCAAGCAGAUAUUAUUUCUUCAAAGCUGAGUGAUAAUGGAUUUAUUUAGUUGGUAUGUUUUAAUAAAAUAAUAUUAAUUUUAAAAUUUGCA